AAAGUGGUCCUCAAUCGCUUUCACUUUCGUGAUGCAUUGAUUGGAAUUUAUUUUUAGUGUAAAGAUGAUUAGCUAGUGAUUGCAACCAGUGGAAUGUAAAUCUCUUUAAAAAAUGUUACUUUUUAUGUUUUAAUGUUGUUGUUUUUUUAUCUUACUUUUUGUCAGAGAAAAUCAAACUGCCAUGGAAUAUUGUGAACAAGUACUUAUGUUAUGGAGCAUAAUAACUUUAUCAGAGUCCUGAUCCUAUGAUCCUGCAGUGCAGAGGGCUAUCUUCUGCAGACGACACUACAGUGGUAGGCUUGAUUACCAAUAACGACGAGACGGCCUACAGGGAGGAGGUGAGGACAAUCGGAGCGUGGUGUCAGGAAAAUAACCUCACACUCAAUGUCAACAAAACAAAGGAGAUGAUCGUGGACUUCAGGAAACAGCCGAGGGAGCAGCCCCCUAUCCACAUUGACGGGACAGUGGUGGAGAGGGUGGAAAGUUUUAAGUUCCUCGGCGUACACAUCACAGACAAACUGAAAUGGUCCACUCACACAGACAGCAUGGUGAAGAAGGCGCAGCAGCGCCUCUUCAACCUCAGGAGGCUGAAGAAAUUCAGCUUGUCACCAAAAACACUUACAAACUUUUACAGAUGCACAAUCGAGAGCAUCCUGUCGGGCUGUAUCACCGCCUGGUACGGCAACUGCUCCACCCAUAACCAUAAGGCUCUCCAGAGGGUAGUGAGGUCUGCACAACGCAUCACCGGGGGAAAACUACCUGCCCUCCAGGACACAUACACCAACCGAUGUCACAGCAAGGCCAAAAAGAUCAUCAAGGACCACAACCACCUGAGCCACUGCCUGUUCACCCCGCUAUCAUCCAGAAGGCGAGGUCAGUACAGGUGCAUCAAAGCUGGGACCGAGAGACUGAAAAACAGCUUCUAUCUCAAGGCCAUCAGACUGUUAAACAGCAAUCACGAACAUUGAGUGGCUGCUGCCAACAUACUGACUCAACUCUAGCCACUUUAAUAAUGGAAAAAUUGAUGUAAUAAAUGUAUCACUAGCCACUUUAAACAAUGCCACUAAUGUUUACAUACCUUACAUUACUCAUCUCAUAUGUAUAUACUGUACUCUAUACCCUCUACUGCAUCUUGCCUAUGCCGUUAGGCCAUCACUCAUCCAUAUAUUUUUAUGUACAUAUUCUUAUUCAUUCCUUUACACUUGUGUGUAUAAGGUAGUUGUUGUGAAAUUGUUAGGUUACAUUACUUGUUAGAAAUUACUGCAUGGUCGGAACUAGAAGCACAAGCAUUUCGCUACACUCGCAUUAACAUCUGCUAACCAUGUGUAUGUGACAAAUAAAAUUUGAUUUGCUUUUGAUUCCAGUCAUUACAAUACAUGUUAUAACCCUUGAUCUUCAAGAAUAGAACUUGGAAAUAUGGAAGUAUAGAUUAGCCAAAUUGUUUUACCUGAGCAUAACCACAAAACUAAGGAUUUAUUAGCCAGCCCUACUUUGUUGUUUAUGAUUUCGUUGUCUUGGAGGACUGAUUGGGCUCAUUGAUUUAAGUUAAAAAAUAAAUGCUGCUGUGCUCAUGGAAAGGUAUUGUAACAUUUGUCGUUGGAAGGAGACCAAGGUGCAGCGUGGAAGGCGUACAUUCUUUUUAUUUAAAUGUUCCACCAAGAAAACCAAUACAAGAACGAAAAGCUUCGUCAUGCAAACUACAUGCACUCAAACAAAGACAAGAUCCCACACUGAAAGAGGGGUAAAAAAAAAGGGCUGCCUAAGUAUGAUCCCAAAUCAGAGACAAUGAAAGACAGCUGCCUCUGAUUGGGAACCACACUCGGCCAAACACAAAGAAAUAGAGAACAUAGAAUGUCCACCCAAAUCACACCCUGACCUAAUCUCUAAGGUCAGGGCGUGACAGGCAUGCUUUGAGCGCUACUGAAAAGUGCUAUUUACAUGUGAAAAAUGAAUGCCAUUUGCUGCAUUUGCUAUAGGCCUAUUGUUUACCUUUUUGUUGGUGACACUUUGAUAUAUUUUAAAUGGCAAAUCCACAGAUGAAACAACAAAAAGGUCACCCCACCUCUGUUUUGGUAAAAAGCUGAGGGAUGGGCCUGGAGUAAUGUAACCAUUUCAGAUUAAUAGACAACUAUGAAUGUGUAACGGAUGUGAAAUGCUAGCUUAGUUAGCGGUGGUUCGCGCUAAAUAGCGUUUCAAUCAGUGACGUCACUUGCUCUGAGACCUUGAAGUAGUAGUUCCCCUUGCUCUGCAAGGGCCGUGGCUGUUGUGGAGCGUUGGGUAACUAUGCUUCGUGGGUGACUGUUGUUGAUGUGUACAGAGGGUCCCUGGUUCGCGCCCGAGUAUGGGCGAGGGGAUGGUCUAAAGUUAUGUUACAGAUGCAUAUU